UAAUAGACUGCAGAUCAGACCUAAACCUUAUAAAGUAUCAUUUGACUUCUGCUGUACAUGAUGGGUGUAACACUGUUGGGUGUUGUGCUGAUCUUCUUGUCUGUAGGGCUGAAUAUACAGACAGCAGAGAGCUGCCGCUGUUUACAACGUCACCCUCAAGAACAAUUCUGCACUUCUGAAAUGGUGAUUUUAGCUAACGUAACUGGAAAGAGGCUUCCUGCUAGGAAUCAAAUCAACUUGUUUCAGAAUAAAAUCAAAAUAAUCAAGGAUUUGAAAGGUUCUAACAACGCAAACAGAAUUCAAUACGUCUACACAGAUUCAUCAUCCUGUGGCAUCACACUGGAUCAGGGGCUAUACAUGCUUUCAGGACACUGGUUGGAAAAUGGGAUCAAGGUGAUGAUGUGUAACCUUGUCAAUCAAUGGGAACAUCUCUCCUUAACGGAACAAGAAAACUUCAAUCAAACGUAUAAGAUGGGCUGUAACUGCACGAUCUCUACGUGUUCUGACAGUCCAUGUUGUCCCAAAUCUAAGAAUGAAUGUAAGUGGGAAAUCAACUCUCCUCAUUCUCACGAGUACGUCUGUCUGAAGGACAGUGACGGCAUCUGUAGCUGGUACAUGCCACGUUCAAAAGUUGAUGUUGAUGCUGUGUGCCAACAGAGGCGCGGAUGAGCUUAAAUGGACCCUCAUCUACCAUUGUCACACAAGUUUUUCUUUUAAAUUAGUGCAAAUUAGCAUCUUUCUGAUGAAAAGUCAAUUUAAAAAAGAUCACAAUGUUUAAUAAGCUGCUGAUGUAAAUCCCUUAUUUUAUCAUCUAUGCAUUCUAUGGAUGAUUUUACUGCUUUUAACAUCCAUUAAAGGUACACAUUCUUCAU